CGGGCGGGCGGCGGCAUGGCGGCGCUGCGGGGCUGGCGCUGCUGGAGGCUGUGGCGGCCGUGGAGCCUCCCGCCCGGCGCCACCGUCGCGUUCCCGAGCCGGGCACAGCCGCUGCAGGGCUGGGCGGCAGCGCUGCUACUGCCUCACGGUGCUGUGCCCACGCCGAGCUGCCGCUACGCGUCCCGACUGCCGCCCGGAAGCGGCCCUCGCGCGGCCUCGCAGCGGACGGUGAGUGGGCGCGGCGCGGCGGGACGGGACGGGGGAGUUCCGCGCUCGCUCCGGCCACGCUCCCCUCGCCCCGGGGCCGGGACCCCGCCCAGCGCGGUGUGCGGGCAGCGCCCGGCCCCUGACCGAGCUCUUCCCCGGCAGCCGGUGUCCUGGCGGGCGCUGGGAGCCGCCCUCAUCCUGUGCGGAGGGCUGCUGCUGGCCAUGAAGAGGGUGAAGAAGGCGAAGGAGGACAAGCUGGAGAAGGAGCGGAACCGAGGCAUUGGGAAACCGCUGCUGGGAGGGCCCUUCUCACUCGUCAGCCAUGAGGGACAGCCCAAGACCAACAAGGACUAUCUUGGCCAGUGGGUGCUCAUCUACUUCGGCUUCACACACUGCCCUGACAUCUGUCCCGAGGAACUCGACAAAAUGAUUGAAGUGGUCAAUGAAAUUGAUAGGAUCCCAUCCUUGCCUGAUCUGACCCCACUCUUCAUCACCAUUGAUCCUGAGAGGGACAGUGAAGAAGCCAUUGCCAGAUAUGUUAAAGAAUUUUCUCCAAAGCUGGUUGGAUUGACUGGUACCCGAGCACAGAUUGACCAAGUGGCCAAAGCCUUCCGUGUGUAUUACAGCGAAGGUCCCAAAGAUGAAGACAAUGAUUACAUUGUGGAUCACACAAUAAUAAUGUACCUCCUUGGGCCAGAUGGUGACUUUGUGGACUACUAUGGCCAGAAUAAGAAGAGUGCUGAGAUUUCUGCUUCUAUUGCUGCACACAUGAGGAAAUACAGAUCAUAAACUAUGAGGUCUCCAGACAUACAUCAGCUGCUGAAUUGGCUAUAACUGAUUAAGCAGAAAUACGUGAGUGUGACGUCCAGCCACCAUAUACCUCUUUUCUUCCAAAUACGAAAGGCAACAAUACUCAAAAAUCUAUAGAACCUUCCUGAUGGAUAGCAUUUGCAGUGAGAUCUGGACUAUGGAAUGAAAUUCGGGACUUCUUGGAAACAUUGUUGUGUACAAAAGAUAGAAAACACUUGUCAUUUCAGAAGAGCACCUGGUAGAAUUAGUUGGUAUCUCUUGGCCAGACUGGAGGACCUUUGCCUUCUUUUUUUCAUGCCUUCUGGGAAUGGCACUUAGAGUAUUGUGAGUGGAGAGGCUGAGAGUACUCUAUUGUUGAGGUUGAGAAGAUGAAGAGCACUGGAAGUGUCAGCAGCUCCCAUACAUGGGACCAGCACUGUGCCUUGUCCAGUCUUCCCCGUUUGAAUGCAGAAAUGGUGUUUUUUUUUUUCUUGGUGAUUUCUCCUAGGAAGCAAUGUUGACGUGUAAGGAAAUGAUUAAUGGGUUGCAAAUACAUUUUUCUUCUGAUCUGAAUGAUUUUAUGCAUAGUCAGCCUGACUGUGCUUUGUUGAGUAACGAAGCGGGAAGGAUGAAGAGGGGUCUGUGUCCAUGCAUAGGACUGUCAACCAGAUAAGAUUUAUGCAGUGCAGCAUUUGAAAAUAAAGAUUGCUUUGUGUAA